AUGGGUGAGAAGCCGUACAAGAAGAAGUUUAUCUACAAAGACUUCGAUUUGUGUCACCCGCCCGUAUACAAUGGUGACACUAAUCCCAUUGUUUGCACACGAUGGGUAUCGGAAAUUGAAGGGGCGUUUCGCACUAGUCAAUGCCCUCAAGACCUCAAGGUUGUGUUUGCGGUUAGUAUGCUUAGGGACCGAGCCAAAAGAUGGUGGGAUGGUUUGUUAGCAAUAAAUGGUAAAGCUACAUUGGAACAUGUAGAAUGGCGCGAGUUCAAAACCAUGUUCUAUAAAGAAUUUCGAUCGGAGGCGGAGGCACAAUUUUGUCUGGAAUUCCUAGAGAAUGAUCAGUUGUUAAAAGAACAAUUCUACUUGAAGUUGAGGAAGAGCUUGAGGGAAAAGAUAAGCUUGCGCCAAAUGGAGUCUUUUUCCAUGUUGGUCGAUGUGGCUCGAAAUCAUGAAAUUGAGCAAUCAAGGGUUGGUGAGAGUGAUCUCAAAAGAAAGUAUGAUGGAGAUAAAUUACCAAACAAAAGAUUCAAACAAGAUGGUGGCUCCGGUAGUAACCCAGCAAGAAGAAAUGUUCCAUUUUGCAAGAAUUGUAGAAGAAUUCAUACCGGCCCUUGUAGAUCAACGGAGAAAGGAUGUUAUAGUUGUGGGAAACCGGGUCAUAUGAGCCGGGAUUGUAAAGCUUCCCACAAACCCAUCAUGUGUUUCAAGUGUUUUGAAGAGGGUCAUAUGAGAAGUUUAUGUCCUAAGUUGACUGAAGAAAAGAGACAAGAAGAGAAGAGGAAAUAA